GUGCUUGGCUGGCAGCGAUUUGCAACAAAGUCACUAAAAGAUUCCCUAAGCUACGGGUAUUUAUAAUUUCCAUACUUGGACUUCAGUCAUCUGGAAAGUCUACCCUUUUAAAUGCUCUGUUCGCUUGCAAGUUUGCAGUGUCAGUUGGUCGGUGUACUCGAGGUCUUUUUAUGAGGCUAGUAUUCUUGGAGAAAAAGCUUUGUGACGAACUUAAUGUAGAUGCGAUCUUACUGAUCGAUACAGAGGGUCUUGGUGCUCCAGAAAAAGUUAAUGACCCAGAAGCAGAACGCAAGGAUCGUCUACUUGCAACUUUUGCGAUGGGUGUCAGUGACUUGACACUCAUUAAUGUUCUUGGGGAAUAUAUGCGAGACUUGACCGAAAUCUUGCAGAUUGCGAUUGUUGCAAUGGCACGUCUGGAAAAGGCUGAAAUGGCACCAGAUAUCUUUAUGGUACAACAUCUUACAGAGAGAGAUACGGGGAAAACUGCUAUUGAUAUAGAUCAAUUUUGUAAAGCCCUUCAGAAUGCGUUAGAGAUUGCAGACAAAAAAGAUGUUGAAAUGGGAAUCGCAAAUUCAAAAUGUCUGAAAAAUCUGUCUGAACGAAUACAAAAAGGAGAACUUCUCAAGCAAUUUCAUCCGUUUAAGAAUGGUGCAAGUGCCUAUGCUCCUCCUUCCGAACAAUAUCACGAAGAUAUCACCAAGCUAUACAAGGAUAUACUUGAUGCUUGUAAGCAUUCACAUAACAAGAUCGAGUUCAAGCAAUGGCACGAGCUAGUCAAAAGCUAUUGGGAAUCUGUAUCGCAUGAGCAGUUUGCUGUCCAAUUUAAAAAUGUAAAGGAAAUGUAUGAAUUUAUUGAACAGGGGGAGAGAAUUACAAAAGUUAAAGAGAAAAUCGAUUUGGCAUUUAGGAUUCAUGCAGAGCGAUCUUCAACGAAUAUCCGAUUAAAGAUAGAAAAUUGGUCGGAGAAAAACAGCCAUAGCAGUCUACGUGAUGACUGCAUAACGAGCAUUUCGGAGAAUUUAAAUAUUCCUAAAUAUUGCUCAUGUCAGGAAUGUGAAAAAGCACGAUCAGAAUGGAAUACUUUGAAAAAUUAUGUUGAAGAUAAAGAUAGUGAAUCUGAUACGAUAAAUACAAUCAAUCAUUAUAUCAUACAUACCCGCGAAUCUACGAAGAUAACACUCAUUCAGAUGCUUGAUGCUAUCCUAAUGAGUAAAGGUUGUACAACAGAGUUCAUGAACGUAAUCACACUUCGCCUUAAAAAAGAAUUAGAAAAACAACCAGCAGGUGAAUUUAAUGAGGGAGAAAGAAAAACUAUUGCUGACGAGAUUUGGAAUUCUCUUCGAAAACUUGCAUAUUCUAAAGGGAACGUUUUACCAGUUAAAAGAAAAAUCAGUGAUGAACUGGAAACAGAGUAUGAAAAUGUAGCUGAUUUUUGCCGUCGAUUCCGAAAUGAUGAAAUACCACAGACGUUAAACGCCGAAAACAAAAAUCACAAUUUUAAGACUAUUUUAUUUUCAAGCAAAAAGUAUGAAAUAGAAACCUUGAUGCUUGAAGAAAAACUCAAAGUGCUUGGGCGAGUUAUGCUGAGAGAAAAAAAUAGAGAUCAUUUUCAGACUGGGAUGGUACGUGAACUGAAAAACAAAAUAAAUGAAACAAUAACGAAUACAUUCAAACGGAACGAUAAAGAUUUACCUUUUUCCAAAUGGGACGCUCAUUUAUUUGCUCUGGGAAAGUUUCACGAAGAAAUGGAGAAAGCCCAAAAGAAAUGGGAUGAGAAAAACAAACCAAUUUUGAUACUUGAACAAAGGCAACAUGAAUACAAAACAUUGAUUAAUCAUCGACUUUUACAUGGUUUCUCAUUUGCUUCCGAAGGAACAAUUAUUGCUAAUUGUCUACUUAAGGCAAUCAAACUGAAAGCAGUGAACGCAGGAAAUUAUGAGAAAAAACAUGCGGUACUUAAUUUGAGUUGGACAACAAACAGUAAACAAGUACGACUCAAGUACUUUGAGAAAUUGGCUAAGGAAGUUCAAAAUGGAAAAACUACUAAUGCGAUCAUGCACUUUGAGCGUCCUAAACACCAAAUAGACGAGUGGUUCAAACAGAUUAUUGAUGAAUAUCCCAAUCAAGCACAAAGAAAAUAUGAAGAAACCUUUGAAACAGAAUCUGAGCACGUCAUUAGCAGUGUUCUUGAAGGGGUUGAAUACAAAAUGGGACAAGAUACAAGUGAAAUGACUGAAACGGACUUAGAAGUGUUACGUACUAGCAUGAUGAAGAGCUUAGAAGAUCAAAAGAAUAAUGUUAAAUUUAGCUCUGUGAUAUUUCAAAAGCUGUCUGAAGAUGAGGAUGUAAUGAGAAGACUCGGGUGCACGGAAAACUGUUUUUGGUGUGGAGCUCUAUGCUGGGGAGGACACGCACACAAUGAGCAUAUGGACGACACAAGAAGACAUCAUACAUGUCAUCAGCCACGUGGUCUAAUGGGAACGAAAGAUAGAUACCACAAAUAUUUGAUUGCGGAGUCAUGUCAUAAAACUCUUGAUGAUACUCUGGUCUAUUUUGGAGAUCAUCAGAAUGGGAUAAAAUGGAGCGAGGCAAAAAGCAAAUAUUUUGAUGAUUGGAUUUUUGCCAUCCAUGCCGACACUCAAUUCAAUAAUUUAAUGUGCUGGUUCUUUGAAAAAUUACAUAAGAAAAUAGCAGAAAAUUCUUACUUUAAGCCGGCAUUGCAAGAAGAUUUGCAGAAAAAUAAUUGCGUGGAUUUAGAUUAUCAACAAAUUAUGUCCAAGAUUAAGUUAGAUCUUGGUAAAUUAUAA